AUGUCAAAAGUCUAUCUUCUUGAUUACGUUGCUGGAAAUGUGCGUAGCUUGGUCAAUGCCAUCGAGAAGGUGGGCUAUACUAUUGAAUGGAUCAGGUCUCCAGAAGAUGUGCCAAAGGCAGAUAAACUCAUUCUGCCUGGAGUUGGCCAUUUCGGUCACUGCAUGACACAAUUCUCCAAAGCCGGAUACCUUCCAGCGAUACAAAAACACAUUGAUUCAGGGAAACCUUUCAUGGGUAUCUGUGUUGGAUUACAGGCAUUAUUUGAGGGCUCUGCGGAAAAUCCAGCAGUUCCUGGGCUUGGGUAUGUCAAGGCGACGCUCGAUCGAUUCGACGAUAGCUCGAAAUCAGUACCACACAUUGGAUGGAACAGCGCGAACACAUCAGGCAAGGAAGUCUUUGGAUUGAGACCAAGCUCGAAGUAUUAUUACGUUCAUUCGUACAAGGUUCCAUAUAAGCAAGGAGAGUUGGAAAGCCAAGGUUGGACCGUCGCAACCGCACGCUAUGGGGAUGAAGAAUUUGUUGGAGCGAUUGCAAAGGGAAACAUACUGGCGACACAAUUUCACCCAGAGAAGAGUGGAGUUGCUGGAUUAAGGGUGAUCAAAGCUUUCUUAGACGGAGACAACAGUAGUAGCGCAGUUGAAGGCUUGGUCGCUGCCAAAGAGGGCUUGACUAGAAGAGUUAUCGCAUGUUUGGAUGUGCGAACAAAUGACCAAGGAGAUUUGGUGGUGACGAAGGGUGAUCAAUACGAUGUGCGAGAAAAAACUGAUGGUGGAAAUGUACGAAACCUGGGAAAGCCAGUUGAGAUGGCCAAAAAAUACUACGAACAAGGAGCCGACGAAGUUACAUUUCUCAAUAUCACAAGUUUCAGAGAUUGCCCGGUAGCAGAUGUACCGAUGCUCGAAAUAUUACGACAGACGUCAAAAAGUGUAUUUGUUCCAUUAACAAUUGGAGGAGGCAUUAGGGACACCAUUGACACCGAUGGUACAAAGAUUUCAGCACUGCAAAUCGCAACAAUGUAUUUCCAGAGUGGAGCAGACAAAGUAUCCAUUGGAUCUGACGCUGUGACGGCAGCAGAGGAGUACUAUUCAAGAGGAAAGAAAUUGUCUGGAACAACAGCCAUAGAGCAAAUAUCUGGUGCUUAUGGCAACCAAGCAGUGGUUGUGAGUGUGGAUCCAAAGAGAGUUUACGUAUCGAAACCCGAAGAAACGAAACAUAACACUAUUCGAACAAGAUGCCCAGGACCAAAUGGUGAAGAAUAUUGUUGGUAUGCAUGCACGAUUAAAGGAGGCCGAGAGACACGAGAUAUGGAUGUUGUUGAGCUUGUGACUGCUGUUGAGGCAAUGGGAACAGGCGAGAUUCUCUUGAAUUGUAUAGACAAAGACGGAACAAAUAGCGGAUUUGAUUUAGAACUCAUUGACCAAGUAAAGAGUGCGGUGAGCAUACCAGUCAUUGCUUCCAGUGGGGCUGGAAACCCUGGUCAUUUUGAAGAAGUUUUCUCGAAGACUUCGACGGAUGCUGCUCUUGGAGCUGGUAUGUUCCAUAGAGGAGAAUACACGGUUAAGCAAGUCAAAGAUUCUCUUGCCGAGAAGGGCUUGAUGGUUAGACAAUUUGAGAGCGAUCUCUAAGCGAUAUAAUCAAAAUGAAGAAUAUUUCCAG